AGAGCUGCCUCGAGUUGUUGUCGCCUUUCCUACAAAAUCAAUACCAACAGAGGCGUGCCGUGAUGACGCGGAACGACGUGUGUUCCGUUCGUCUGAAGAAGGAAUACGAUCGCACGGUUGACAAUCCGCUUAAAUAUCGGGAGGAUCUUUCCUACCCGACUCGGCAAUUCCCCUUCGAGUACGAGGAAGAUUACGCGCCGGUCGAUACGGAUGUACCCACGAAUUAUUACGAUUCGCCGUGCGGCAGGUUCGACCAAAACGUCGCCGACAUCGCGACCUAUCGGUUGCGAGAGAUUAUAGGCGACAACAAAUUCUUCGCCAAGAGGGAGGAGAGAUCGAUCGUCGAUCUUAAAGGAGAGACGGUCCGUAAGAGACAAAUAUCGGGGCUACGACAAAUGCACGGUGAUACGAUACCGGAGAGGUCGUACAACGAAAGCUCGUACACCAGUUUAGAAGCGGAAGCGGACGACGAGAAUUCUCAAUGCGGAAAUGAAAUUGCGACGGGGACGAACUUUUCGAAGGAAAGAAACGUCGAGGAAGCAACGACGAAUCCCGCGGGAAACUUCCUCUCGCGUGCCGUAAAGUGGACCUUCGGAGGAUGUUCGGGAACUUGUCGACGUCUCUCGCCGAAGUCGGGGAAGGAAGAAAAAUAGUCGGAAAGGAAGAGACUCGCGAAAAAGUCAGCGGCGUCAUGGACGAGUGGCUCUGCUUCUAGCAAGAAACGCGAAGCAGAACGGGUUACGGCCGAUAAACGCGACCUCCUGCCUUACCAAUCGCCAUAGGUUAUACGCUCACGCGCGAGAAAUUAAAAAUAGGACCAGACGAAAGUCGCGCUUUGCUUUCAUUUCUCCGAUGCUUGUCAAAUUUUAUGUCACGCGCUGUUACAAUAGAUAUUUUUACGGACUCUUUUAAAAUUUGUAAUUUUCUAUCGUUUUCACGACGUUAGAAAUAGUCGAUGCCGAGAC